UCGGUCCGGCGCCAUUCAUCUUCUGGUUCGUACCGUCAUGUCGCAUGCGCCGCGGUCGCCGACGCCGUCGAGGAGCCCUGCGCCGGCGCUAUCGCGUGCGACACCCUCGAGAAUUGCAGUCCCUGUGCUUCAGUCUCAGCCCUCGUUCUCCAACCUGAAUCCGAAUCCGAACCCCAGCCAUCUAUCGAGCGCGCCUGCGGCCGCGCUGGACAGCUAUGCGUCAUCUCUCAGCAAUGCAGACAGCGAGGGGAUCAUACUGCAAGACGAGGAUGUGGAGGACCCGCCGGAAGUGGAGGAAGUGACGGCGACAGCGACGUUGAAUCAGCAAGACUCGAAGCAAGCAUUGCGGGAGCAGCUCAGGAAUACCCUGAGCCAUUCGUUCACCAGUGUCGAAAGCUCGACACCGCGCCAGAAGGGAAAGCAGCCAGCGAUGGCUGAUAUCCCUCAUGUACCAGCCCAGCGCUAUCCGCGUAGACAGUACUUUGUGUUCAGUGAUGCAGGGAAGCCGGUCUUUGUGAGCGCCGACGGGCCCGACGCAGAGCGCUUCACCACCACAUUCGGCAUCAUGCAAGCCCUCAUCUCUGUCUUCAUCGACGAUGGUGACAAGCUGCGCUGCAUCAACGCGGGCGGUACGCGUAUCACCUUCCUCCAACGCGCGCCACUUUACUACGCGUGCGUCUCCGCAUGGGGCGAGCCAGAGUCGGUGCAGACGCGGACGCAUCUCGACUACUUGCAUCUGCAGAUACUUAGCAUCGUUACUGCUGCCCAGUUGCGGCGCAUUUUCGAACGAAGGACGAACUUCGACCUUCGGCGACUGCUUAAUGGCGCGGAGGGCUUCCUAUCGUCGCUACUUGAGCGCAUGGAGCUUGAUCUGGCUUUAAGCACUUCGUCGCUGUGGUGUCUGCGACUCGACCUCGGGCUACGAAAACGGAUCGCUGAAGCUUUGAUACCUCCUUCCAAGAAGGAGAUCCUCUAUGUCGUGCUCAUGGCUCGCGGGCGCGUCGUUACGCUCAUACGGCCACGAAAGCACUCCGUGCAUCCUGCAGACAUCCAUAUUCUUCUCAACACUGUCUACGCCCCAUCAAUCCUCAACGCACCAGCAUCGACAUCCUGGAUACCCCUAUGCUUGCCCAAGUUCAAUCCGUCAGGCUUUGUCAAUGCGUAUAUAUCCUUCCUGUCAAGACCGGACAGUCCACCGGCUAUUAUACCAGUACAACCAAGCGGGAACCCGGAAACCGCUUCUCAGACUGCGUCGAUAUCGUCCCCCCCUCCAUCUUCACAAGCAUCGCUACACCCUGAUCAAGCCUCGCAAGAGCCUUCGCGGGCACCUACGCCUUCCUCAGCCUCUGUCGACGAUGUGUCGCUCUCAGAGAAAGCUACGUACGACGAUCCGAAUGUCGUGCUGGUUUGUAUAAGUGGGGGCGCGGAGUUUGACGUUGUGCGCGGAUGGUGCGACUCAGCUUGUGAACGUCUCGUUGCCGAGGGCUCUCUCUCGUCCCUCAUAUCUGCCUGCACAACCGAUCAACGGACCGAGUACAGCGUCAGCGAACUCGGCAUCCCCGGCCUCCGACACUUCAUCUACAAGGCCCGCGCUCAAGUCCAAGUGACCAUGCCCGCUUUCGAGGACCCCUACGAGGGUGUGGACGAGCGCCGGCGGCUGGUCACUCUAUACCAGAAAUUGCACGACGCUAUCCACGCGCGCUCGGGGCAGGGGGAGACGCUGAAGCUGCAGUAUAUCAAGACGGAGAAGGAGAGCGUGAUGGGUUGGAUCACUCAGCCGUUCGAGCUCUACAUCGCGCUGUCGCCCUUGCUGCCGAAGACGGCGGUGAUCAAUGCGGCGAAUGCGGUGACGCGGUGGAUAAGGAAGGAAGAGACGAAGCUGUUCUUGAGAGAUGCGCCUGUGUUCUAGAUAGUUGGAAUAGAUGUGGAUGGAUUUUUCGACUUAUACCUCAUACAGUAGACGUGGACAAGCAAAUGAUGACUCAAGAGUGCUUUGCCGUCCGAGUUUGCUCUGAAAUCCACUUACACCUUGAUUUAUCGAUCGGAUACCUCGAUUGACACUCGAA